ACUCAAGCCCAUCUUCGAGCAGUUCGGCAAGAUCUACGAGCUGACUGUGAUCAAGGACAAGUACACAGGCGUGCACAAAGGAUGUGCCUUUCUGACGUAUUGUGCACGAGAGUCAGCCGUUAAAGCACAAAGUGCUCUUCAUGAACAGAAAACCCUGCCAGGGAUGAACCGGCCCAUUCAAGUGAAGCCUGCAGUGAGGGGAGAGGAGGGUGCCUCCUCCAGUCUGGUGGUGAAGUUUGCAGACACAGAAAAAGAGCGCGGGAUGCGGCGCAUGAAUCAGGUGGCCUCGCAGCUCAGCAUCUUCAGUCCGGUGAUGCUCAACUUUAAUGCAUAUAAUGACUACACACAAGCAGUACAAACACUCCGCCCACUAUUGCAGCCACUCCCAUCUCAGCUCUGCCUCCACCAAUAGGAGUGAACGGCUAUAGUCCUAUACCGGCAAAAACCAAUGGGCUGCCAGCUUCAGAAAUCUACACUAAUGGUGUUCAUCCAUAUCAAGCUGCCUAUCCGACCGCAUAUGGAUUGAUCAGCCAGCCGUACAUACAGCAACCCACCCCGGUUUCCCAGCAACAACUGCAGCAG